CGGAGGCUUCCACAGCCCAGGACGAUUCCAUUGUCAAUGUAUCACAUCGAGCAUCUCCAGUUUCAUCUCAGCUCCCAUGGCUGCUGACAUUCCCCACUUUCUUCUUAGUGAUGGAACCAAAAUUCCUUCAAUAGUUGCUGGAUGGGUGCUCCCGGCGGUGCCGAAAGAGUGUACGAGAUGUGCAAGAAAGCCAUCUCGAUUGGUUAUCGUCAUUUCGACACGGCCUCAGGAUAUGGUCUGUAGGAUCGUCUCAAACUCAGAGUCGACGACAGUGAUCUUUGCCUGCGCAGCUAACGAGAAGGAAGUCGGGAAAGCUAUCCGUGAUUCCGGUAUUCCUCGCAAUGAAUUUUAUAUCACUACCAAGCUUGGUUGGCAGCAUCACCGAGUUAAAGAGUCUUUUGAGGAGAGUUUGAACAAUUUGGACUGCGAAUACAUCGACCUGUACCUGAUGCAUUGGCCUCAAGCCCUUGAACCCGGAACGAAUAAUGUUUUGCCUCCCGAAGCUAAGCCCACUAUUGUCGAUACCUGGAAGGAAAUGGAAAAGCUUCUGGGGACUGGCAAGGUCAAGACGUUGGGAGUAUCCAACUUUUCGAUCAAGACCCUUGAACAACUACUUCCUCAAUGCUCAAUCCGACCUGCCGUUAAUCAAGUGGAAAUCCAUCCUUUCUUGCCGCAAAAUGCAUUGAAAGCAUUCUGCGAAUCACAAAACAUCUUGUUAACCGCUUAUUCUCCACUCGAUCUUCCUAUUGGCCUCUUUAAAAACACCACAAUACAGAAGCUCGCCGAAAAGUUGAAGGUCGAUAUCGGCCAAAUGUUGAUUAGCUGGGGAGUGCAAAGGAAAACUGUAGUGGUCGCUAAAACGGAAAACGAGGCGCGCUUGAAGCAGAACAUAACGGUCGUGAAAUUGUCGGCCGAGGAUAUGAAGAUUCUUGAUGAAGUUCACCGAGAGUCUGGAUGUCAUCGCACUCUGUGUCAUGCUGAUCCUAGUCGAACAGGAGGUGUUCUAUUUGGAUGGACCUAUGAACAAUUGGGUUGGGACUUGGUGAAGGGUGGAAUUGUUCCUACGUACUGAUACUAGUAGCAAAGCUACUCGCUAAGGGACACCAUGUUAAAGCGUACCUAUUAAUCCCACUGAUUUUAAGGUUGACUCGCUGACUGA